AUGAAAUCCUUAUUUAGCUAUGAAACGUUUAAAACGGUUAGAGUUCAAGAUAAGCGUCUCGGUGUCCUUUAUCGUAGCUUUCAACUGGCUAUUUUCGCUUACAUCAUCUCUACAAUCAUAAUCAAUGAAGGCUAUUUCAAAAAGGAACUUCCAUCACCCGGUGCAAUAAGAAUUACAUUACAAGCGCCAAAUAACUUUGAUACUCCUGAUUAUUGUCAUGGUGAUGUACCAUGUGUUUACUGGGGAGCAAAUGAUAUUCAAUAUCCUAAUGAUGGAGCAGGAGUUGCAUUCUUCGCUACAAGAGUGAAAGUCAAUAAAUUUGACCCGCCAAACAAUUGUAAUUUCCUUACAGCCUCAGCACCAAAUGAUCCAUGUAUUUUCAAUCCAAAUAACUAUACUCCAGUUGUAAAUAUUUCUUAUAUUGCUGAUAUAGAAACUUACACGAUGAUGAUUGAACAUUCAAUUCGAGGACACACUACUGAUAUGGGUAUACGUAAUGGUCUAAAUGGUUCAAUGGAUGGAUCACUUGUGGAUAUUAAUGGGAAAGUUAUUAAAUCUUGGAAUUCUACUACAAGGAAACAGGAUGAUCCCAGAGCGGAUGGAGAUAUUAUGACAGUUCAGCAACUCUUAACAGCAGCUGGUGCAGAUUUGCAAGCCGUUUCAACUGCACCUGGCGCUAAACCUGGAGAGAUAUACAGAUCAUCCGGAAUAGUUAUUGUCAUAGUAAUUGAUUAUAAGAACGUACCAUUCAAGGAAGAUACCAUAACGUACACAUAUCGCCCGCAAUAUAUUAAAGGUAAUGAGUACAAAUCCAUUGAAAGUAUAUAUCAGCCGAAUGGUGGAUACGUGAUAAAAGAAAGACAUGGCCUUCGAUUAGUAUUUCAACAAAGCGGAACAAUAGGAAAGUUCGAUUUCAUUUCGUUACUCAAAAAUAUCGUGGCUGGUUUUGCUCUUUUCUCACUCGCCUCAAUUAUAGUGGAAAUCCUAAUGCUGCAAUUUCUUCCAGAAAAAUCCAUAUAUGAACAAGCUAAGUUCGAGAACACGCAUGAUAUCUAUGAACACCAAAAAUUGAUAAAACAAGGCAUUAUUAGCAAUAAUGACGAAACGCUUGCUAAAGAAAGCGUGGGAAAUGAAAUUGAAAUUAUUAGUUAA